AUGAAGAUUCAACAGUACUCAGGGAAGGCUCUUGAGAUCCAGGCUAGUCGAGGCUUUUCUGGUCUGGAGAGUACUUUGCAGCACUUCAUCAACGCUCGCUCGCAAGGCCACACGCAGUUAACAGAGCUGUUCAACAACGAGUUCGGUAACCUCAACACCAAAAUAGCUAGCGAGUCCACACACACACGCCAACAUGUUUCCCAGCUUUCUACGCGACUGCAAGAAGAAUCAGCUCUUCUCGCCAAACGUGACGACCUGCAACGGCUUUUAGCAAGCUUGAAGUACCCAAGCAUGAACGAACGACGGAACAAUGUCACCGAUAGCUACAUCACAACGUUUGAGUGGGUGUUUAGAACAUCAGCCAAUGCAGAAACAUCCGACGACAGUUCUUCUGAAGGCUCUGGGCUUGACGAUGUUGGAUCUGACGGAACUAGCCAGUAUGGAAGCGACAUUGAGAGCGUACAUGAGGAUUCGAGUGACGAAGAAGAAGUGUCGCGAACGUGUGAAGUCUACAUUGAUAUCGUCCGGCAGCUUGGCUCCAGCAAAGCAAAGUCAAAGGAGGUUUACACUGAUUGGUCAACAAAGGAGUUGCGGGAAACACUUCUUCAUGUUCUCGCAAGCUCGUGCGUACCGGCCCUCAUAUUCCUCGAUGGCCUCGACCAAGUCGAUCCUUCCGACGGAUCUUUUGCACUCUUGCAACUUGUCAAUGAUAUAUGCACGCUUCCAAACAUGAAGGUUUGCGCAUCGAGUCGCCCGGAGGUAAUCUUCAAUCGGCAACUAAGUAUAAGACCGUCGUUUCGAGUCCAGGACCUCACAAGACGCGACAUUAAAAGCUUUGCCAAGGAGCAGCGGCGAUCUUGCACAGCUGCCAAGUUUGAGCGUUCAGAUUCAUUCCGUGAUUUGAUCGGCGAGAUUGCCUACAGGGCAGAUGGCGUUUUCUUAUGGGCGGCGCUGACCGUGAAAAGUCUUCAAAGGGGUUUAGUUCAUGAGGAUUCACCGGAUGAGCUUCAACGACGACUGGACGCUUUACCCGACGGCCUGAACGCACUGUACCAGGAUAAGUGGAACCGGCACAAUGAAGAUAACCAGGUGUAUCGCGAAGAGGCCGCGAGGUACCUCAACCUCCUUCUCAAUCACGAUGAGUACGGUGUUGCGUUUGGAGGGUGCUUUGGACCGGACGGGGUGCCACUGCCAUAUUCCUAG